AUGGGCCGGUCACCUGCCAAUUACAAACGUCUCAUUGUGAGGCUGACUCUCAUUGUUGCGGUAGGAACGUGGCAAAGCAUCCUGAAUACCAGCGAUCCCAGCCAUCCGACCAACAUUGCCCGCUUCGCUAGAGCCAUCAGUCCUGUUGCUCUGGUCAAAGGCCAGGAUGGUGUAGAACGGGAGGUCGAGCAGAUUAUCUACUAUCAACCUGGCGUGGGAACAGGAAUCGGCGACAGGAUCCGCGGCGGUGUCUAUGGCGCGGGACUGUCUGCCAAUAUCCGGGCGGCGUAUGCUUUCUUAGCACACAACUAUGACCCCAAUUCCGGAGACGAGAUCUUCUUCUUUGGUUUCUCCCGCGGGGCCUAUACUGCCCGCUCCAUCGCUGGGUUGGUGACCAAGCUUGGACUCCUGACCAAACGCGGCAUGGACUGGUUCCCGCAAGUCUACGAGGAAUACUACAAGGAUCCAUCCAGCAAACCAGAUUUCGAUUUUUCUCCCACCCUCAAGAAGUUGAUCGGCAAGGACUUGAACGAGAAUGCAAAAGAAGCGAUCAAGAUCGUCGGGGUUUGGGACACUGUGGCGUUUCACGGACAGGGACUCGGUGGCGAACAGAUUGAAUUCCACAAUGCCGAGUUGUCGACCAAGGUCCAAUUUGCAUAUCACGCCCUGGCGCUGGACGAGCGCCGCAUCCCCUUCAUCCCGACACUGUGGCAGUGGCCGAAGGAUCCCAGCAACGGGUCGCAGUUGUACCGGCCCAAGAAAGGAUCCGGUCUUCAAGUGAUGAAGCAGGUCUGGUUCUCCGGAGUGCAUAGCGACAUCGGUGGCGGCAUGGAUGACCCUAGAGGGGCCGACAUCACGCUGGCCUGGAUGCUUGCCCAAUGCUCCAAGGACAAGAAACUAGCAUUCAUUGACGAGGACCCCGAACACCCGGACGACCCGAAUGAAUACUACCUGCUGGCGGACCGACUCAAGCCCAACCCAAACAAAACCUGGAGUCAGCUGGACGGCGAGCUUGCCCCAAAGCCCGGCGCUGGCAUCAUCGGCGCCAUCAAGGACAAAUUCGGAGAGAUUAUCAUGGAUGAUCGUGAGGCCUGGCCGAUGGAAAACACGUUUGAACGGAUUCACCGCUCGAUCCACGACCGCAGUUUCGACAACUGGCCCUGUGGCAUGCUCAAGGGCGAGGCCCAGGGCGGUCUCUGGACGCUGGCAAGUCCCAGUAAAUAUGGCAAGGCUCUUCAGGAGUUGGAACGUGAUGAGGUGGCCGACGCGAUCGAGGACAAGUAUCGUGGGAGAGUCCGUGCCGCGCCAGGGUUGAAGGGCGGUCCUGCCAUACCGAAAUUGUAG